AAUUCUGCAAGUAGUUCUAAUUUACUAUCGCUGUUCUCUAGCUGGUCUAAAACCACUUUUGACCUAAAGGGACACUUUUUGGACGUCAUGGACUUUUCUCAGUUUCCAGGCAGACAGAAUAGUAAAAAUGCAGGCAGGGCACAGGACAAAGCAUUAGGGACAAAAUGUAUGUGAAAUGGUUUGAUACAUGAAUGUCCCUUUUUGACAUUUUUACAUUUCCCGCCAGUUCCGUCCCUAUAUGUCCCGACGUCGCAGAGAACGGAACCGGAAGAUAGAUGCCAGCACCGGCCGGAGGACAUUGCCGGGGACACUGCAGGAGGGACAU